CGACAGUUCGCCAACAAACUUCGCGCGGUAAACGCGCCCUCGUUUGAAAUAUAAGCGGAAUGCAAAUUCCCGCGUCUUGCAUUUGUUUACUUAAAAUGUUAACGGAAUAACUUCCAUACUCGAAUAAAAAAAAUAUUAUUAGGAAUGCGUAGUUCCUGAAUUUGUUUUAUCGUUCAUAUUAUCAGUAUUGGUGACAAAAUUUAUCGGAAAGUAACUUUUUCCUAAGAAAUAAUGUUAAUCAGAACGAGUUUGUUCCUGCUAUGUACGCUGGUUAUAUCCGUCGUUGAAGCCACUGUACCAGUGACGGCCAGUGCGAAUGAGAUCAACCAAUUACCGAGGAAAAGAUCCGUGAACCCAGGUGCUCCCUUAUACCCACGUGCGUCGGAAACCAGAGAUGUAAAGACAUUAGAUGGAAUUUGGAAUUUUCGAAAAUCGCCUACAGACCCGGAAUUCGGUUACAAAAAUGGAUGGUACGAACAGGAUCUCGAUAAGACUGGUCCCGUGAUACCAAUGCCGGUACCAUCAUCAUACAACGACGUGGGUGAAGACGCAUCGUUACGCGACCAUGUUGGUCUGGUGUGGUACGACCGUCGCUUCUAUGCCCCUUGGUGGUGGGGGCAAGCCGGACAGCGGGUCUGGCUGAGAUUCAGCAGCGCACACUAUGCUGCUCAAGUUUGGGUCAACGGAAAAUCAGUAGUGUACCACGAAAUAGGUCACCUGCCUUUUGAAGUGGAAAUCACAGAUGUGGUAUUAUAUAACACAAGUAAUCUGCUCACAGUCGUCGUGGACAAUACCUUACUGAGCGACACAGUCCCGCAGGGACAAAUAAAGGACAUUAUUAUCGCAAACAACAAAGUCCGUCAAGAGCAAACCUACACAUUCGACUUCUUCAACUACGCGGGAAUCCACCGCACCGUGUUCCUGUAUACAACGCCUCAGACAUACAUCGAUGACGUCAUCGUCAAUACAGAUAUACAAGGCCUUACAGGUUUCGUGGUAUACAACGUUACAUACAAGAGCCACACAAACGCACAAUGUGUAAUACAACUGUUCGACAAGAAUGACACGCAAGUAGCUGGGUCACAAGAUUGUGCUGGGUUGUUGGAAAUCGGAAAUGCUAACUUCUGGUGGCCGUACCUAAUGCACCCUGAACCGGGAUAUUUGUAUACUUUUAAGGCAUCUUUAAUAGGUCCGCUUGGUGAAUUAGUGGACACGUACAGUCAAAAAGUGGGCAUCAGAACUGUGACUUGGAGCAAUACAACCGUGUACAUAAACGACAAACCUAUUUACUUGAGAGGAUUCGGAAUGCACGAGGACUCUGAUCUCAGAGGAAAAGGUUGGGAUCAAGUACUAUGGGUGAAAAACUUCAACCUAAUAAAGUGGGUAGGAGCAAAUGCGUUCCGUACAUCGCAUUAUCCUUACGCGGAGGAGAUUUACCAAAUGGCUGACGAACACGGCAUUAUGAUUAUAGAUGAGUGCCCUAGUGGUGAUACAGACAUAUUCACAGACGCGUUACUAGAGAAGCACAAGCAAUCCCUCACAGAGCUGAUUCGUCGCGACAAAAACCACCCCAGUGUGAUCAUGUGGUCCAUCAGUAAUGAACCUAGGUCUGCUAAUUAUAAAGCCGAUGCUUACUUUAGCAAAGUGGUAAAACACGUCAAAUCAAUGGACCUGUCGAGGCCAGUUACUAUAGCUAUUUCACAGACGUACCUGAAUGACAAAGCAGGUCAACACUUAGACGUAAUUUGCUUCAACCGAUACAACGGAUGGUAUGCCAAUACGGGUUCCCUACUGAACAUAGCAACUAAUGUCGUGGAUGAAGCUACCUCCUGGCAUCGCAGGCACAAUAAACCUGUGAUUAUGACUGAGUAUGGAGCUGAUACCGUCGCUGGGUUGCAUAUUAUACCAGAAUACGUUUGGUCUGAAGAAUACCAAGUCGCGCUAAUGUCGGAGCACUUCAAAGCGUUCGAUCGUUUGAGACGCGCGGGAUUCUUCUCGGGCGAAUUUAUUUGGAAUUUCGCUGAUUUUAAGACUGCACAAAACAUAAUCCGCGUAGGGGGCAACAAGAAGGGCAUAUUCACGCGGUCGCGGCAGCCCAAAGCCUCCGCACACCAUCUCCGCGCCAGGUACCUCGCGCUCGCCGCUGCUGAGUCGGGCGCGCCGCCACCAGAACUGCAAUACUACGUCAGCGACCAUAAACCGCCUGUACAUGAAGAGCUAUAGACAAUAGUGACCGUAGACCAGCCGUACAUGAACCAUAAACAGCAGCGACCAUAGAGUAUAGGCAAGCCGUGAAUGGGCUAUAGAGAAGUGACCAUAGAGUAUAGACCAACAAUGCAUGAGCAAUAGACAAUCUACUCUAUAACGUUAAACCUACUCUAUGAAACGUUAAACUUGGCUCAUGCUUGGCUAACCAACGGAUGUGCUAGUUUCUAUGCGUAAGGUUUAGUGAUCACAUUUGUGGAGAAUUUUAAUUUUGUUCCGUUUGUAGUUUUUGGCCAAGCGCCUUAUAUUAUUUACAAUGCAAUUUUUAAUGAAUUUAGUGUUUCGUUAGUAUCACUGCCACUUUUAAUUUUGUUUUUUGAUAUUGUUAAGCAACGGUCAUAAUGAAUUGAUUUAUAAGUAACGUAUUAAAAUUAUCCGUUGUGUAGUAUCAAAGUAAUUUUAAAAUGUAACGUAGGCACACUUAUGUACAAUUUAGUUUUUUGUGAAAUUGUAUGUGAACUAGAAUUAAGAUUUAUCUUCGUAAUAGAAAAUAAAAUAACCGUUAUAAUUAUAUUUAAAAUGUGAACAUGUUAACGACUAAUGAACGUUACCGAAAGGAAUAACAUUGAAGCAUUUAGUUUUUAAUUUAAGGUUGAACCCACCUACUAUUAUUUUUGUUAUCGCAAAACUAAAUUAAUGUUAAAUUAAUAUGAUGCAUUUAUAUUGCCAGU